CGGCGCCACAGUUUGAAAUCCUUAGGUGGUUGUUUUGUUGUGUUGCUCGAUCUUUUGUUAUUUUAAUCCAUACCAAAGAUUUUGUCGGUAUAGAAUCACUUUGGGGUGGGUAUGGGCGUGCAUGAUUUGUGGUCUAUCAUUGAGCCGGUUCGCGAGUCUGUUCCGUUGUACAGUUUAAGCGGAAAGACGCUAGCUGUUGACCUUAGUCUGUGGGUGUGCGAGGCUCAACAUGUCCAAGCAAUGAUGGGUAGAGUUACCAAACCCCACCUGAGGAAUUUAUUUUUCAGGGUGUCAUCCCUCACACUCAUGGGUGUAAAGCUUGUCUUUGUGAUGGAAGGAGAAGCUCCUAAACUCAAAGCAGAAACCAUGAGCAAGAGGACAGAGACCAGAUAUGGAGGAUUCAAAAAGGCUCCUGCAGUAAAGACCUCAACUAACACCAGCAGAGGGCGCUUUAAUGCUGUAUUGAGAGAGUGCGCAGAGAUGUUGGAUUAUCUGGGUGUGCCGUGGGUGACAGCUGCCGGGGAGGCUGAAGCCAUGUGUGCCUACCUGGAUUCACAGGGUCUGGUGGAUGGCUGCAUCACUAAUGAUGGAGAUGCAUUCCUAUAUGGAGCCCGUACCGUGUACAGGAACUUCAAUAUGAACAGUAAAGACCCUCAGGUGGAGUGUUACCGGACCUCCAAAGUUCAAACAGAGUUACAUCUCUCCAGAGAGAAUCUUGUCGGCCUGGCCAUCCUCCUCGGCUGUGAUUAUAUUCCAAAAGGCAUUACAGGAGUUGGUAGAGAACAAGCUCUUAAGCUCAUCCAGAUGCUGAAAGGACAGACGCUGCUGCAGAGGUUCACCCAGUGGAAGGAGGAGACAGCGGGAGUUUUCGAAAAAGCUGUGAAGAAGGUCGCUCACUGUCACGUAUGUCAACAUCCUGGAUCAGCAAAAGCACAUGAACGAGGCGGCUGCAGGAUUUGUAACAGUGAACAUUUUUGUCAACCUCAGGACUACGACUACCAGUGUCCCUGUGACUGGCACCGCUAUGAACACACCCGCCAGGCGUCAUCCUUUGAGGCCAACAUCAGGAAAACUCUUUCUUUGUUUAUUUGCACUUUUAGAAAAACCCUGGCAAGCCCGAAAUACCCUUUCACAGAGAUCAUUCAUGAAUUCCUGAUCUUAAAGGAUAAACCCGUGUCACAUUUCAAGAGGAGGCAGCCCAAUAUGCUUUUAAUGCAGGAAUUUGCCUUUAAAAAGAUGGAGUGGCCGAAGCACUAUACCAGUGAAAAGGUUUUAGUUCUUAUGACAUAUGCAGAGUUAAUGAACAGGAAACACGGGAGAGAAACGGCCCCCCAAGUCAGACCUCUCAGAAUAUUUAAACCGAGGGUGAGGAAUGCUGUCGCCUGCUUUGAAAUCAUAUGGAGCACACCAGAGCAUUACGUGUUCCCUGAGAAUCAUCCUGCAGACAAGCAGCAUGAGGUGCGAACAGUGGAAGAAGAGUCUCUCUUCCGUGUGGUUUUCCCAGAGGUUGUGGAGAGCUACCUGAGAGAAAAAGCUCAAGCCGAGGAGAACAAGACCAAGAAGAGGAAGCCAAGGAGUAAAAAGGAGAAGCCGUCUGAUGUUUCUGCGGGUAUUUCAGAUCUCUUGGCUCAGAUGACACUCCAGAGUGCCUCCCACACUCCACCAGAGCCUCUUUUCCCUGAUAUUUCACAUCCAAAGGAGCCAGAAGUGCUAGUUUUGGACACUCCAGUGAAGCAUGAUUAUCAAGGAAAGUCUACAGAAGAUGAUUGCCCUAAAACUCUUCUGCCUCAUGCUGUUCCUUCACCUUCAGUCUCCUCCAUCAUUGACGCUCUACACCUGAGUGAUAUAAACUGGGAUUCUUCAUCCUUCACAUCCUCGCCGACUCCCCAAUCAGCUGGAAUCCCUGAGACAAAGCCAAAGGUGAGCAAAACUGACAAGACGGGCAAGGAUUUGAAGAAAACAGAGGGUGAAAAGACUACAAAUGGCAUCAAAGAAGCUGAGUUAAAGUCUGCACCAGAGUUGUACUCCACAGAUUGUCCCUUACGGGAAAGAGUGAUAAUUAGAAACACGGCUAAGGAGUUGGCCCCUCUUAAACUCAUUUCUUUUUACAACUCAAAACCAAAUAGACAGAUCUCCACUAAAGGUAGAAUUAAUGCUGAAAUGUUCAGAAAACAGGAACUCAUGCCUGCAACAAAUAAGACUGAAACAGAAAUGUACAGCUCAAAACAGCAGUUGAAGUCUACGACACAAACCCAAAGUAAGACAAAAUACCCGUGUAACGUGUCAGAAAAGCCUCCCCAGAAAUAUACAUUUGUCAAAAAGGCAAUUUCAUCAUCAGUCAUCCCACCACAGAGGUGCCACCCUGACCCAGGCCAGAGUAACAAGGACAGGAGCGUGCCAGAAACCACCAAGAAGAGUGUGUGUAUCACAGUGUGUUCAUCGAGUGAGGAGAGCGAUGCAGAGAAUCAGCAGUCUGGAUCACGAAGAAAAGCUAAGAACAAGACUGUAAACAAAAACAACGGACGUAACCUCUUAGACUUCCCUCUUAAUCCCGUCUUUGCACCCAAAAUGGAAAAACUGGCUCACAGCACUCAGUUAUUAAUACCCAAACCUAAGAGCCACAGUGUAGACACCGAAAUAAAACAUGCCCCUGUAUCAAAUCAAAGCAAGUUACGGGAUGUUUCACCUACAGUGGAUGCUGAUGUGUUCUCUCCAGCCUCACCUGCUGCUGUGUUUGAAAGUGAAGAUUCAGUUAUCUGUGUUGAAAGUCCACUCCCACUCGCUGAGAGACUGAAACUGAAAUUCCUGAAGUGAGCGGCCUAAUAACAAGAUGAUGGACAAGAACAUGGAACCUGUUUAGAGAUCCUGUGAGGAAUUUUAACAGGUUUUGGAACAAACUCAAAGUAUUAUGCCUCUAUAUGACCUACAAAAUCAAACAAGACCAUCACAGAGAAGUUCUCUUAUUUCUACCCUACUUUUUACUCAUUUUUGCCACUUUUGGCCCAUGUUUGUCACUUCUUUUGCAGUUUUUAACACAUUUUUGCCAUUGUUUUCCCACUUCAGCCCAUUUUUGAAUGUUCUUUUUUGAAACUUUUGGCCCAUGUUUGUCAGUUCUUUUUGCCGAUUUAACCUAUUUUUGCCACUGUUUUGCCUCUUCACUUUUUCAUAAUUAUUUUCCAUUUAAGUUGUCUCAGUUUUUCUGCUUGAUUUCUGGUCUCCUGAUGCUUUAAAGUCUGACAUCACUUUCCUAAUUGUUUAGUUCAUGUGCCUAACCACAUAGGUAACUUAAAUUAAAAAGUAAUUCUGUUUUAAUAUAAGGGGUUUACAUUUUUAUAAUAGCUAUAUUGUAGCAUAAAUCAAUACAAUUAUUCAUUUUUGUUUAUUUGAUGAGAGUGGUUAUUAGUCAGGUUAAAAAUAAAAUGUGGCUAUCAAAGCUUAA